AUGUUAGCUAUCCGAAAACAUUUUUUUAACGUGAAUGAAAUAUUUGAGCUUUCUAUCAAAGACUUUGAUAAGCAGUGGAUUCUUGUCAAUAAUAUUUGGACAAGAUUUAAUGGAUACAAAUUAGACAAUAGUGAUGAGUGUAAAACUUUCGUUUGUAGGCUUUUAAAGCCUAAAGAAUCAAGCAGAAGAAAGGAAAACAUUCCUUCUGAAAAACUUUGUGCUAAAAUUAGAAUAACAUGGUUAGCGGUCUCAAAUACGGUUAGAAUUGAAAGGGUAAGUGGUACUCCUGAUCAUAGCCACUCAAUAGAAGAAAAUGAUAUGU